GCUGAGCUCUUGAAACCCUAAUUGGUCUCCAUCCAUGUCUCUAUCAUGCGACGGUACUGAUGCAUUGGUCGGCUGUUGCAGAUGCUUUUCCGGCGACAAUGGUAGUUUUUACGGCGAGAGCCGCAAUGCAUUGGACGAACAAAGUUGUCCUCAUUGUGGGAAAUCUGGCCCUUCGUCAUCUUCUUAUUGUUCGUUUCUUAGCUCUGAUUUGAGAUAUGACAAGGACUGGGAGAAGUUACGGAGAUGCAUUGUCGCUGCCACCAAGGGUUUCACCAUUGGUGCGGGUUUAAAAGGUGGCCUCGCGGCCUUCUCGAUCCUCGCUCGGUUGAGGAGAGGAAGGUCCUUUUCAAUCUCCAGAAAGGCUGGAGCGGUUCCGAAUAGCGAGGCGAUUGUUAUAGCCAUUAAGGAGACUAUCAGAUACGGCCUCUUCCUCGGCACCUUUGCGGGUACAUUUGUUUCUGUAGAUGAGUGCAUAGCUGCUUUGGGAGGACACCGUAGGACGGCAAGGUGGAGGGCACUGUUGGCUGGGCUUAUUGCUGGGCCUUCGAUGCUUUUGACUGGACCAAAUACACAGCACACAAGCUUGGCCAUAUACAUUCUUAUGCGAGCUGCUGUACUAGCUUCCAGGUGUGGGAUAAAGAGCAAACGAUUUGGACGCAUUUGUAAACCUUUGACAUGGGCGCAUGGCGACAUUUUCCUAAUGUGCCUCUCCUCUUCCCAAAUUUUGUCGGCCUACAUAUUGAAGCAAGACAGUCUGCCUCCAUCAUACAAAUCUUUUCUUAAUAAGCAUGGUGGAAAGGAUUCUGUUAUCUUGCAAGGGGUCAAAGAAAUAGCGACCAGCAUGUCAUUCACCAACUUGGAGGGGAUAGAGAAGUAUUACAAGUCCAAUGGUGUCGACAUAAAGCUAGAUCCUCAAAUGAAUGUACCAUGUUCGAUUAUACAUGGACAUCAAUCCUGUGCAGAACAUGUCAUUUCCUUUUUCGUUCAAGCCUAUGGAAGAGCAUUGCCGGUCUAUCUUCCAGUAUAUUUUAUUCCUGCACUAAUAGUACAUCGUCUAGAACUCUUAAAAAGGCCCUCUACAAUUUUGGGCAAGGGUCUCCUCGGCACUGCAAGAUCAAGCUUGUUUCUCUCUGCAUAUUGUACAUCUGCCUGGAUGUGGACAUGCUUUCUGUUCAGGAUUUUCAAGUGGUGUAACAUUCCAAUGGUGGCUAUGGGAACGUUUCCUACUGGCCUAGCCUUGGCGAUCGAGAAGAAGAGCAGACGGAUUGAAAUAUCACUCUACUGCUUUGCACGAGCUAUUGAGAGCUUCUUCAUUUGCAUGGUGGAGGCUGGUUUUUUGCCACGGCCCAAGAGAGUCAAGAGAGCUGAUGUGGUUAUUUUCAGUUUGUCAACCGCUAUUAUCAUGCACUGUUAUGCUCAGGAGAGGGAGGUUUUUCGCUCCAAGUACCUCAACGUUCUUGAUUGGGUAUUUGGCGUUCCUCAUGCGACCUGCGAUACUCUACAGGACAAGAACAGUUAAAAGUUCGACGGGUUUAUGGUUUUGAAGAUACAGUAAGUGUUCACAGCCACCGGGUGGAGGUUGAGUGUAUAGUAGGCAAACAUGGUACCUGCCACUGUCCAACACAGAAUUCCAGGUGCUCCACCAGUGGCAAUUGUUAGAGUUAUGUACUCUGUUACAAUAUUUAAACUUACUACCAAGAGAUGUAUUUAAUUGGUUCCUCAAUGGCACCAUGAGUCCUUUAAGAAGUCAAUCCAAUUAUUUUGUAGAGAACACAUAGACAUGCAUUCUAUAUUCUGCAUGGGCUUCAUCUGUACCUCUACCUUCCUCACCCCACCCCUCUAAAUGAGUUUUUCUAAUUAGCUUCAAUAAAAUUCUAGUUUCAGGCAA